AUGUUGCAACUUCCUCUCACAGAGAGAGAGGAAGACUGGUCUAUCCUAGACGCCUGCCGACGACCUUGCAGGGCUGAGCGAGCGGCGGUACUCCCGGCGACGACCUCGCGAGACAUGCCUGGCGGAGGGCUGAUGCCCACAGCAGGAGGCAUUUGAGGUCGUCCUAACCCAUAACCAGCAGCAGCAACUGCUUCCCCGCUCGUCUGGAACCGUAAAGGAAGGGACCCAACCCUCCUGGGCCUUGAUACCCGCGGUGUCACACUGUUUUGGUCGGCCAUGGUGGAUGUUUGUCUGCUGUGUACGGCCUCUGCUGUUGUGUACGGACUCUGCGGUCGUCGGGAGCGGUUUGACCGCCAAAAUCGCAGAAAUCGCAGUUUUUUUUAUUUUUGUGCUCUGCUUCGUUUAGAACGCCCGCAUUUAUUUUUCUGCGAUCCGGGGUCUGAAACCUGCGAUCGCAGGUACAGCAGUGUCUGCACAUGCGUACAGCAGCAGUCGUUGUAUGGGAACGACAGGAAGGUACAAUGGUGGCGCUGAAAUAUAUUCAGCAGUAUGAAUAGAGCGUGCAACACACGCCAGCACCACUAUGCAUUAUACAUGCAUGCCUCGUCGGGAGCCUACACAGGUUGUCGUAUCCCGCAAUGAUAGCAUACAAGAGUCGACACGUGCUCCUCAUAUGCAUAUGCGAGGUUAGUUGUGUGUUCCGUGAAGAACACAGAGCCGUCUCACAACCCUAGUCGGGAGGUGUAUUGGGCCGGUACUCUGGCGAGUUUAACAAUGACAUGCGUCUUUUGACGCUGGCGAUUGCAAACACACCCCCUAUGAUGACACUGGUACAUAUUUCCUGACCGACACACGCUCAUCCUUUGAACAUUUUCUGCGCGUCGCUCCGAAACCCCACAGCACUGCGAUCGCCUAUCAACGGCGCCAUAGCUGUAGAAGUCCGCGUUGCCGUGGCGUUGAGGAUCCUGGCUGGCGCUAGUUACUGGGAUGUUGCCCUCAUGUUUGGCUUGUCGGUGCCGACCACGUACCAGAUCUUGUGGUCGGUGAUCGACGCCAUCAACAAGACGCCUGCGGUUGGGGCAUUCGACUUCCCAUUGACCGAGGAAUGCUGCAUGCGAAAUGCCCACAGAUUCAAGGAGAAGAGCACCGAUGGCAUUUUCUCCUGGGUCGUCGCCGCCGUGGAUGGUCUGUUCAUC